UGAGAAACAGAGCCAGACCUCUGCUCUGCUGUGUGCCGGUUUGCUUCCAGAGUCACCCUGGCAUGAAGAGAGAAGCCCCGAGAGCUCGAGUUCCACCCACAAGUAGAAUUUUGACUUCUGUGGAACUCCAGUCGCUGGUUGGAUCUUCCCUCCCAAAACUUUAACAGAGAAAAAUACAGGGCGGGGGGGGGAAUCAUGUCAGAACACAGCAGGAAUUCAGACGAAGAAGAACUCUUUGAUGAGGAGAUUGAUGAAGAUGAAAUCUUGGCCAACCUGUCCCCCGAAGAGCUGAGAAAACUGCAGUCAGAAAUGGAAGUGAUGGCCCCGGACCCCAGGCUUCCCGUUGGAAUGAUUCAGAAGGAUCAGACCGACAAGCCACCCACAGGAAAUUUUGACCAUAAGUCUCUAAUGGAUUAUAUGUAUUGGCAAAAGGCAUCCAGACGCAUGCUGGAGGAUGAACGUGUCCCUGUCACCUUUGUGCCGUCCCAGGUGGACACUCAAGAGCAGCAUGAAGAAGUAGGCAAAGGUAAUAAAAAUGUGUCCCAGUAUUUAAAAGAAAAGCUCAAUAACGAAAUUGCUGCAAAUAAAAGAGAAUCAAAAGGCAGCAGCGAUGUCCCAGAAACCGAUGAUGCUGAUGGUGAAGAAGAUGAAGGAGAUGACGGGGAUGAAGAUGACGAGAAUGAAGAUGACGAGGAUGAAGACGAGGAAGGAAAUGACGACAGUGAAGAGAGUGUGGAAAAGCCACAAAGAGGCGUGCAAGGUGGGGUAGAGCAGCAGAUCAGGAACGGGGAGAGCAGCUGUGCACAAGUAGCUAAGAAGGCAUUUGGAGAACAGAAAGACGAACCAGAGGUCCAAGAAAAAAGUGAGAAGAAAAUAUCAAAAUUAGAUCCCAAGAAGUUAGCGCUAGAUACCAGUUUUCUAAAGGUAAGCGCGAGGCCUUCGGGAAACCAAACAGACCUGGAUGGGAGCUUGAGGCGCGUUAGACAGAAUGACCCUGACAUGAAGGAGCUCAACCUGAACAACAUUGAAAACAUCCCCAAGGAGAUGUUGCUGGACUUCGUCAACGCAAUGAAGAAAAACAAACACAUCAAAACCUUCAGCUUGGCCAACGUGGGCGCGGAUGAGAACGUUGCGUUCGCCUUGGCGAACAUGCUGCGGGAAAAUAGGAGCAUUACCACUCUCAACAUCGAGUCCAACUUCAUCACGGGGAAAGGAAUCGUGGCCAUCAUGAGGUGCCUCCAGUUCAACGAGACGCUCACCGAACUUCGGUUUCACAAUCAAAGGCACAUGCUGGGCCACCAUGCCGAAAUGGAAAUCUCCCGGCUGUUGAAGGCCAACACCACUCUCCUGAAGGUGGGCUACCAUUUUGAGCUCCCGGGUCCCAGAAUGGUGGUGACCAACCUGCUCACCAGGAAUCAGGACAAGCAGCGGCAGAAAAGACAAGAGGAACAAAAACAGCAGCAGCUCAAAGAGCAGAGGAAGUUGAUAGCCAUGUUGGAGAAUGGGUUGGGGCUGCCACCUGGAAUGUGGGAGAGGCUGGGGGGACCCAUGCCGGAUCCCAGGAUGCAGGAGUUCCUCCAGCCUCCUCCACAGCCGCCCAACCUCCAAGCGGCCGCCUUCAAUCGACAGAAUGAAAUGAUGAAGAAGCCGUCACAGCCCCCGAAGUACAGGACGGACCCUGACUCCUUCCGAGUGGUGAAGCUGAAGAGGAUGCAACGCAAGUCUCGGAUGCCCGAAGCCAGAGAGCCGCCCGAGAAGACCAACCUCAAAGAUGUCAUCAGAACGCUCAAACCGGUGCCGAAAAACAGGCCACCCCCGCUGGUGGAAAUCACUCCCAGAGAUCAGCUCUUGAAUGACAUUCGCCACAGUAAUGUCGCCUAUCUUAAGCCCGUGCAACUGCCAAAGGAACUGGCAUAAGAAUAAUCUUAGAAGAACAAGGAACUAAGACAAUGAGUCUGGUCAGAGCUUGGAGACCGUCUCAGCAGCAUACUUCUGGAGCCAGGUGGUAGAACUGGGAACAAGGCUGGCAUCUGAUAGGAGUAUUCUGUAAAGGCAGGGGCAAAAUAAGAGGCUGGCAAGGAAGGGGGAGAUAAAAAAAAUUACUCUUCUGGGACAACAUUUUCUACUCCCAAUCCGUUUGAGUGACUUGGGUGAAAUUUAGCAUUUUAAAAAAAAGAAAAAUUUUUCCCCAUAAAUGUUUGUUUUACUAUUGCUUUCUUCUGGUAAAUGACAAUAAAUACUAUAGAUGUGUUAAAUAUUUCUUCCUCCAUAUAAUUCAUGGCACAAAUCUGUAUCACUCUGUGGAAAUGUGAAUUGAACUCCAGGCCCGCUGAUGCUCUGAAAUGGAAGACCUGUUCGUUAGCUCUUCUCUGGAGAAGGAGGCGGGAUUUUCAGUUUGCAACCCUGUUAGCUUGCUCUCCUGGCCAUUCCCCUGGCGCAUCGUACUUCAGAAGGGGUAUGUAUCUGUGAGGAGUGGAGCAAGGGGGCACAGGACAUGGAGAACACAGUGUUUCCAGGAAAAGUCAUGGGGGAAAAACCCUGUAGGUAUAGCUACAUAUAUACGUGUAGACUUCCUUGUUUCCAUAUAUAAAGGAACAAAGACAGCAUUUUUGUUUUGUUUAAAAAAUAAAAUUUUUUUGCAUAAAUAAGAUAGUUAAUCACAAGUUUUUAGUUUUUGCUAAUGAAAUAUAUAUAAGUUUAGUUUGUGACGCUAAUUUGGUCUUAUAAGUCUCAUCAGAAACCUUCUAAAGGCAACUUGCUAUAGGAUUAAACUUCAGUUUCUUAACAUUAUUCAAGGCCCUCCAUUAUCUGUUCCCAAUUUAGUAACUGAGUCUGCUUUGCCACAGAUUCUUAUAAUUCUCUUGAUAAGACAUCCUCAUACAUACCCUGUGCCUUGCUCUCCUUGAUCCUUCCAUGGAACACUUUCCAAAACACUUUUCUUCUUCUCUCUGUUACCUUCUUCUCUGUUACCUUCUUCAGGCUUACCAAAGUCCUAGGUGGGUUAGGUCCUAAUCCUCCAUAAAAAUCUUCCAAACAACCCAAGUGGUCUUUCCAAGUUCCCGGAGUUCUUAAUUAUCUGGUCUAGUCGUUAGGUGCAUAGAAUCUGAAAUUUUGUAUAGAUGUGGCAUGAACAUUAGAAAUCAGGAAAUCACACAUUGGUGUCUUUUCUGUCUACUUUACCUGACUGAACAGAUGGCACCUGCUCUCUUUCUACUUUUUUUUUUUUUAAUGUUAUUUAUUUAUUUGACAGAGAUCACAAGCAGGCAGAGAGGCAGGCGGGGCGGGGGGUGGGAAGCAGGCUCCCCGCAAAGCAGAGAGCCUGAUGCGGGGCUCAAUCCCAGGGCUCCGAGACCAUGACCUGAGCCAAAGGCAGAGGCUUAACCCACUGAGCCACCCAGGCGCCCCUCUCUUUCUCCUUUUAUAUAAUCAUAGGUGGUACAUCACAAGCAAAACUGGCUAGGAGAGAAUAGAUCUAAUGGAGAAAAGUUAAACAACACAUUAUUUAGAAGGACAAGUCAAGGGAAAGAAAUAUGGUGUUUCCAUUUUUUUAAGGAUAAUUUAGUGUGUACUAAAGUAUCCAGGUUUGAAUAGCUAUAGUUUCAGUCAGGUAACUGAUUUUACAGUAGCAAAUAGCUGAGAAUUUUUUUCUAUGUUACCAUUUCUAUAAAACCUCCUUGCAUGCCAAGCAGGAGCUUUGUAAGUGUCUAGCAUAUUCUACAUCAAGAGCACCCAUGGGACAUAGUGCUCUAAACAUGUUUAAAAGCUUACUAUGUAUUAGUGGUUGAAGUUCUUUUUUCUUUUUUUUUAAGAUUUCAUUUAUUUAUUUGACACAGAGAGAGAGAGAUCACAAGUAAGCAGAGGGGCAGGCAGCAAGAGAGAGGGAAGCGGGCUCCCUGCUGAACAGAAAGCAAAAUGCGGGGCUCUAUCCCAGGACCCUGCGAUCAUGACCUGAGCCCAAGGCGGAGGCUUAACCCACUGAGCCACCCAGGCGCCCCAGUGGUUGAAGUUCUUGAAAGACCUUAUAUGUUUGCUUAUAUAUCCACAGCAUUAAUAAAGUCAGGAAUUUCAAAAAGUGCUAAUAGUCCCAAAAGAUGGCUUUCAUUUUAGUUGUGUGAUGAGAAAAGGUGAUCCAAAUUCAUAGCUUACUGUUUCACCACACAGACUUUUGUCAAGGGACAGGUGAAGCCGCUUACUUACACUUGUUCCAUCUACCCACUCCUAACCUAAAAAUCUUAGUUGAAGAUUUUAACUUUUUUUUUUUACUGUCUUAAUUUUAUUUAUUUUCAGUGUUCCAAAAUUCAUUGUUUAUGCAUCACACCCAGUGCUCCAUGCAAUUCAUCCUCUCCUUAAUACCCACCACCAGGCUCACCCAUUCUCCCCACCCCCUCCCUUCCAAAACCCUAAGUUUGUUUCUCAGAGUUCACAGCAGUCUCCCAUGGUUUAUCUCCCCCUCUGAUUUCCCCCAACUCACUUCUCCUCUCCUUCUCCUAAUGUCCUCCAUGUUAUUCCUUAUGCUCCACAAGUAAGUGAAACCAUAUGAUAAUUGACGCUCUCUGCUUGACUUAUUUCACUCAGCAUAAUCUCUUCCAGUCCUGUCCAUGUUGAUACAAAAGUUGGGUAUUCAUCCUUUCUGAUGACUGCAUAAUAUUCCAUUGCAUAUAUUUAACUUGUUUUUAAAUUUUUUUUUUUUUUUUUUAAGAUUUUAAGUAAUCUCUAAACCCAACACAGGGCUUGAACUCACAACCCUGUGAUCAAGAGUCGAACUCUUGAUUCCACUCUGACCGAGCCCGCCAGGUGCCCCUUGUUUUUAAAAUGCAAUGAUUUACAGCUCUUACAUGCUACAUUUUUAUAUUAUUUUCCUUUCAGAAUUGACCACCAACCCUUAGUAAUUAUUAUGAGUAUAUAUUUUAUUUAAGUUGUCACUUUAGCACUCAGUCUACAGAAUUCAUGUAGACACUAGAAAGGGUUCAAAUAUGUCAGGUCUAGGGGCGCCUGGGUGGCUCAGUGAGUUAAAGCCUCUGCCUUCGGCUCAGGUCAUGAUCCCAGGGUCCUUGGAUCGAGCCCCACAUCUGGCUCUCUGCUCAGCGGGGAGCCUGCUUCCUCCUCUCUCUCUGCCUACCUUUCUGCCUACUUGUGAUCUCUGUCUAUCAAAUAAAUAAAUAAGUCUUUAAAAAAAAUAAUAUGUCAGGUCUAAAAAAGGAUCCCAUUGGAAUUCAAUUUUAUUCUGACUGGAAAUUACUAAAGAAUUAAAUAGUGCCAUAGCCCCCCACCCCACCCCCAUCCAGUGGGGAUAUGGCCUAAGAACCCCAGUGGAUGCCUGAAACCACAGAUAGUAAUGAAUCCCCUAUAUAUGGUUUUUUCCCUGUACAUGCCUACAACAAAGUUUAAUUUAUAAAUGAGGCACAGAGAUUAACAACAAAAACUGAUAAUAAACUAGAACAACAAUAAUAAUAUGCUGUGAUAAAGGUUAUGUGAAUGCGGUCUCUCAAAAUCAUCUGACUGUACAUACUCACCCUUGUUCUGUGAUGAUGUGAGAUGAGAAAAUGCCUCCUGUGGAGAUGAAGUGAGGGGAAUUACAUAGGCAUUGUGUUGUCAUAUUUGUUAUCAUUGACCUCCUGGUGUGUCGGGAGGAGGAUCGUCUGCUUCUGGACUGAGGCUGACCAUCGGCCGCUGAAACCAUGGAAAGCAGAAGCACGGAUAGGGGGCAUGGAGGGGAGACUAUGGUGUGUGAAACCCAAGCUGAGUGGUUUCUGUCGCAGGGCACGUCCUCUUCGUGUAGAGGGCUGUCACCAAGUAUCCCAGGUAUUUAGCAACAGAUGUGCAUGAAACAAAGCCUCACAAAUAAAAAUCUUGGAUAAACUUUAUUCUCCAUCUUUGGGUAAGGGUACAAACUGUACACCAUAUCUAUGAAGUCACGGCACUCUCACUGUGCUAGAGAGGAAGGCUGCGGGUUGGCUGAGAAGUUAAAAUGCAAGACUAAUCAGGAGCAGCAUAUGCUGUGGCUUCUUAUUUGAAGACAUACAGAGAGUCUCUUCAGUAAGUACUGCCCCAGUUGUCUUCAUAACUCAGUGUUAGGAAAACCCAAAUGUGUCUUCAUCUAUGAAAUCACUCAACUGGCAAGCAAAACAUUUCGUAUCAUCUAUUUCUAAAUACAUGAGAAAUAAAAGGAAGAAAGUAACAGGAUAUAUAAACUCAUGCUAUCUUGAUUCUAAUGUCUAGCUAUGAAAACAUACAGUGAUAACCAUUGCUAUCUACAAUUUUUAUGAAGUGCAGAAAGCCACUAGUGACUCCCACUUUCAUAAGUCUUUUUGCUUGGUCAUCAACAGAUGCCUUUCAGAUUUCAAAAGACCAACCAUUAUUGUUCUCUUUGUGCCCCUAAGAAAUCAAUACAAUGUACAUCAAUUUCCUUCUUUCUGAAUGUUCCAGUUAAAAACUAAACAGUGAAAAAAAUAUAGGAAA